AUGGCUCCCAUCGACGCUGGAUCCCUCAUUCUUGUCACAGGUGGAAACGGUUUCAUUGCCGCCCACUGUAUCGCCAAUCUCCUGCAAUCCGAUUAUCACGUUCGAGCGACUGUCCGAUCAACGGAAAAGGCAGAAGCAACCCGCAAUGCCCUGAGCACUGCAGGAGUGCAGCAUCUUGCCCGCCUCCAACUAGUCGUCGUCUCUGAUCCCACCAAUCUUGACGCUUUGGUUGGGGUGCUGGAAAAUUGCCAGGCUAUUCUACACCUCGCAUCGGCCUUUAGCUAUGAUGCCGCCCCUGGUGAAUUUGAAGAGAAAUUGAUGCUCCCUGCUCUCAAGGGGACUCAGGUCAUUUGUGAGGCUGCUCAACGGUGUCCGACUGUCCGGCGGGUGGUCAUUAUGUCUAGUUUCGCUAGUGUCUAUGAUGCCAGCUUGGGACUGCAGCCUGGACGAGUCUAUACGGAGAAAGACUGGUGUCCGUUGACGUAUGAAGAUGGUGUUAAUGCAUCGGCUGUUCCCAUCGCAUACCGUGCCUCGAAAGUCGUCGCUGAGCGUGCAGCUUGGGACUUUGUGAAUAGAAACUCCGUCAACUAUCAGCUGAUAACACUUUGCCCAGGCAUGGUAUUCGGCAAGAUGAUACACCCGAUCUCGUCACUGUCUCAGCUCAAUGCCAGCAAUCAGAUUGUGUGGCAGGUCCUGAAUGCCGGCAGGAAUGGUGAAUUACCCCAUACAAAGGCCCCAGUCUGGAUUGACGUUGAAGAUCUUGCGGAAACUAGUCGCAAGAUAUUGAUCUUCCCAGCUACAGGACAUGAGCGUUUCCUGGUCACACAGUCAUCGUAUGACACACAGGAAAUUGCAGAUAUUAUCCGCACGGAGUUGCCCGAAAGACACAGAGUGCCCAAUGGACAGCCUGGAAAGCGAAGUGCGGAUACUCAUUACUCGUGUGAUUCUUCCAAGACAAAAACAAUGCUUGGCGUCAAGUUUCGGGGGCUGAAAGAGAGCAUUGUUCCUUUGGCGCAUCAGUUAUAUGAUAUGAAUUAG